UUGCUAAUCAGGUGAGUCAAAAAAAAAACGUUGGCGGAAAAUCUGUCAUUUAUUCGAUUAUGUUUCCAUGGAAUUUUGAUGGAAGAGGAUUAGUGGAAAGAAAAAUAUGAAGAAGAAGAUGAAGACGAUUAUAUAUUCCAUCGAUUUUCGAGAUUUUAUCCAUGCUCUUUUUCUGUCUCCGAAUUGUUUUCAGAAUUUUUUCGGGAGAAAGAUUUAUUUCUUUUCCAGAAUUAUUGAUAACAUGUUUUUGAAUGUCGAAAUUAGUAUUUAAAAAUGAUUUCGAAAUAAAAAAAUAGUUUCCAGUUUUGAUCUUUAAUUUUUUUUUUACAAUUGAAGGUCGCGAACAAAAAUAGAAAAUCCAAAGAUCUUCUAAAAAUCCUAGGGUUCACAACUCACUUAAAUGAUAAGUAGUUACGACGUGGCAAAGUCGCUAUUUUCUACCUAAAAUCUAAUACGUUUUCAGAUACGAUCACACCUGGCGAGAGAGUGUCCUAAAAUUUUUGUGCAGCGUGGAAAUUUUGCAAAAAAAAAUUUGUGCAGCGUGAAAUUUUGAAUUUUUGAAAAUUUUCAUCAAAAUCGGCUGAAAAUCUAUGAAAACUACACGUUUUUCGGAAAAAAAUGUACAGUGUGACCUUUGAAAAUUUUAGUACAGUGUCCAUUUUGGACAAGUCUCGUCAGGUGUGGAUACGAUAUCUGAUUUUAUAACUGUUAGAUUAUCGUUUCCAGAACCUGAAUCCUAGUUUAAAUAUCAAAAUUUAGACAUUACAGUAGUCCCAACUUUAAUCAAAACUUAGGAAAAAUUCCAGUUCAGUGCAAUUACAGUAACCAAUCUUCCCCACACAUUCCAAAUAAAAAACUAAAGUAUAUUCCAAAUCUCUUCAUCAGAUUAGAAAAAUAUCCCUCUCUUUGUUUCUUCUCUUAUCCCUCCCCGUAUUCAAAAUCACUAAACAAAUGCGGCCACCAAAACGAGUGCAUUCUCUAAUUCAAUCAUAACACACUAUUUUGUUUCGCCUCUCUGUUAGCUCAUCAUAGAAAAAACAACACAGGCUGAAAAUAAAUUUGCUCUUCACACUUUUUUUUUGUUGGUUUGGUUUUCUCUCUGCCACUGACAACUCUUCUUUCUUUCCAUUAGUGCGCUUCGAUUAAAUAAUUUUACAUAGUAUAAAUUAGUAUAUAUCUUUUUGCGCAUAUAUUAUUAGUAUGUGCAAAAAGAGGGGAUGGGAUUCUUUUUUAUUCAAAAAAAAGGGCGAUCGAGAUUUUGUUUUAUAGCACUGAAGUCAUCUCCAUCUGGUCCUUGUCAGGUGGUUCUCACCCAACAGGGGAACACAUCAAACACCGAAUCAAGAAAGACUGUCAAUGUUCAGGUAAGAGUGGUCCCAUAAAAAAUCAGAGUUUGCGGUCCCAAUUUUCAAUCAGAAAAGGUCUUCUCAAUAAUUCCCGAAUCACCCUAAUAUCUCCCUACAAUUCCCAGGUAAAAGAUUCGAACGACGCGAGCCGCAGAAAUACGAUUGACUUACAAAUUGGUGAGAUUCGAUCGCGAAAAAACACUUUGGUCAAAAUCAACGGCGAAAUUGUUAGUGGAAAUAAUAACGAGGAGAGUAUGAAUAGUUCACCGCGAGUUCCGCGAAAUCUAUCGGUUCGAACGAAAGACAAUAAUAAUGAUACGAAUGGAGAAGAUGUGGAGCAAGGUGGACAGACGCAGAUAAAUAAUACACAGGUUCGACUUUUUUUUGGAAAUGUUAUUUCGAUCACGUCAAAAAUUCACGUUUUUUUUAAUAAUUUGGAAUUUUCAUUUUUAAAUUUUCCCCCCAAGUUCCAAAAAAACUGACCUUUUAGUUUUGGCCAUGUUGCAAUCCACAAACUCGAUUUUUUCUUCUCAAAAUAUUUUUCGUGUUCAUGUGUCUUGUUGAUAUAAUGCAUUGGGCAUAUUUAUUACGCGAUGAUACUUUACAAAAUCCAAAUGCGUGGCGAUUCUAUAAGAAUUUCAACAGUUUCGAUUUGUAUUAUUUGGUGAGUUCAAAUAAAUCCUUACAAAGUCUUCAAAAUGUUCCUUUCAGGUUGCUCGAAUGUUUGCAGAUAUUUUCACGUGUGUUUUGGGUCUUGGUGCUGCAAUGUGGACAAGAAAACCACUUUUGACAUUGCCUUGCACAACAAUUCAAUUGCUUUUCUUGUUGAUCAGAGCUCCAGUUUGGUCGAUAAGAGCAUAUUACAAAUAUUUGUCAAUUAAUAAUCCAGGCCCGAAAAAACUAGCAAAUGAGCAUUAUGUGAGCAAUUUUUUCCAAAAAAAAACAAAUCAACCAUUUUCUUUUUGAAGAUUUUCAUUGCUUGCGAAUUCAUUCUUCCUGCUAUUUGGGCAUUCCUAUCCUUAAUUAUUGUUCACACAACUCGCCGACUGCGAUGCUAUGAGCAAUUACAUGGUUAUGCCCGCCCUCCAAUAAUAGUAUUAACCGUUAAAAACGAUGAUAAUGAUGAGAGUGUACAAAUUGAGAUAGCCUAG